UCACGGUGAUAAACUCUCAACACAAAUUUCUUCGAGUCAUUUAAGAAAGCUUCGAAGCACACUAUCGAGUGCCUUUAAAAAAUUCUUUCCGUAAUUGUCACAAGACGAGAAAGACCUCUCGUGCUCUUCCAUAGUCAACAUGAGGUCAUUUUUGUAUUUAGUGUUAUUGGCAUUUUUAGGAUUUUCUGCUAAUGAUCGAAACACAGCAAGAGCACAAGAUCGUUUCCUCAAUGAUCCAUCCCCGUACGAAAAAUUCCGCAUGGAAAACGCUGGUGGCGGAUAUCAAAGACGCACAUUCGGCAACCCUUUAGCUCAACCUUACGGUGGUGGUGGUGGUGGUGGUGGUCGAAACUUCGGUGGUGGUGGCGGCGGCGGCGGUCGAAAUUUCGGCGGAGGUGGUCGCAACUUUGGCGGAGGAGGUCAAAAUUUCGCCCGAAUCACGGGCAAGUACAAAAUGGAGCUCCAGAAUCUGGUAAUCCCAAAUUGGAAUUCGGUCACUUUGGAGCCGUUUAAAAAAGACUUCUACACACCGCACGAAAACGUCACGCAACGAUCCGACGACGAAGUGAAUGCGUACAGAAAAGAGCACAAUAUAGUCGUAACCUGUCCUCUAGGACUGCCAAUCCCAAAACCAAUCCGUCAUUUCACCGAAGCCAAUUUCCCAGACUACGUGAACACGGUUUUGAAACAAGAAGGUUUCGAGACACCGACCAUAAUCCAAGCUCAAGGUUGGCCUAUCGCAUUGAGUGGUCAAAAUAUGGUCGGCGUGGCUAAAACCGGUUCGGGCAAGACUCUAGCUUACAUGUUACCAGCCAUCGUGCAUAUCAACGCUCAACCACGUAUUCAGCGCGGAGAUGGUCCAAUUGUGCUGGUUUUGACACCUACCAGAGAAUUAGCCCAACAGGUCAAGUCAGUUGCUUACAAAUACGGUAGCCAAACUCGAGUCCGAUCGGUGUGCGUUUUUGGCGGAGCUUCGAGAUUUCUGCAAGCUCGCGAUUUAUCCUACGGUCGAGAGAUCGUCAUCGCUACUCCGGGUCGUUUAUUGGAUUUCCUCCAAUGUAACGUCACUAAUUUAAGAAGAACUACGUAUUUAGUCCUAGACGAAGCCGAUCGUAUGUUGGAUAUCGGUUUCGAACGCCAAAUACGUAAAAUCAUCCAGCUCAUUCGACCCGAUCGUCAAGUCCUUAUGUGGUCAGCCACCUGGCCUCAAGAAGUACGCAACCUAGCCGAAGAUUUCCUGCACCAGAAAUACUACCAGUUGAACGUCGACUCGCAGACCCUGACUGUGAAUCGCAAUAUACAACAAAACAUCGAUAUUUGCAGCGAAUCCGAUAAACCCACCAAAUUAAUGACCCUGCUCGAGCAAAUAGGCAAAGAGAAGGAUAACAAAACCAUCGUAUUCGUCCAAACCCGAGUCAAAGUUAACGAUAUACACUUGAAACUGGAAAGGUCCGGUAUUCCAGUCGUCAGUAUUCACGGAUACAAGACGCAAAAUAAUCGCGAUCGUAGUUUGAAUGCUUUUCGUCAAGGUAGAGCUUCCGUCUUGGUUGCUACCGAUUUGGCUGGUCGCGGAUUAGACGUGGCCGAUUGCAAAUACGUGAUUAAUUACGAUUUCCCCAACACGGUCGAAGAUUAUAUUCAUAGAAUAGGAAGAACCGGUAGAUCGUCGAUGGCCGGAACGUCGUAUACGUUUUUCACGUACAAUGACAAGGCGCAUGCUAGACAACUCAUCAACGUGUUGAAAGACGCCAAUCAGCAAAUAAAUCCCGAAUUGGCAAGGAUGAUCUAUUCGGGUAAUAUGGGCGGAAAUGCGGGUGGAAAUUACGCAGCACGGGGUGGUAAUUACGGAAGAAGAAACGUUUACCGAAGAUAUUAGAUUUGCGAGUCGAAUUUCGCCCCCUCGAGCAAUUUUGGCAGCGAGCUCUGAGAGGAUGGGAUAUUUUCGAAAAUUCUUCAACAACGCUAUAUUCAAAAAUUACCAUUCCCAACAAGGUGGACAAAGAUCGAAAAUCGAAGCAACGAAAUCUCGAGUGUUUGAAUUUAUGAACGGAGCCUUUACUUCGCUUCGUUUAUGUGAAAUAUGCUAUGAUCAAUAAAUAAGAGGUGUCAAAAUUCAACGGCUGCUAAACCAACGAGAGACCGAAUCUUUACGUGGAAUUUUGGUGGAUGAGGAAGGGAUAGGGAGUGGCCAGAACCAUUAUUUCUUAUGGAUCACAAUAAAACAAGAAAAUUACACCCCUUCCCACCAGUAAUAAUCUAUCUAGUCAUCGUUAAAAUAAAUUCCUCAUCCUUACUCGUACUUCGUUCGUUCCACUGCAGACCAAAAUAAGAUCAAAUUCGACAGGAUACAGGGUCCAUUUGGCCAUUAUAGUUCACGAGGGUGACACUGGAAAAAUUGAAACAAGGUGAAGCAAAGAAACUUGUCGGAACGACGUUUUUGUAAAACUGAAACUGGAUUUUGAAAAAUCAAUUGAACUUUAAGUGACCUUUCUACAUUUAUUAUUUUAUAGCAUUUUGACUUUUAUUUCACAAGUUCUCACGCUGUUUUCAGUAUUAUUAUCAUUUUAGCCAAUUUCGCGGUUAUACUCGUAUUUUGAAUAAAUUUUGUAAUAAUUGGUUCACAAUACACAACUCCUUACAUUA